AUGUCUACAAGGUUUCCCAUGAUAGCACCGAAGGUUGCAGUAAUCAGCGAUGAUAUGAUGGCCAGCGUGGCCGGCUUGGAUAUUCUUCCCAGUGGAGGAAACGCUGCAGAUGCAGCAGUCGAAAUGGCAGCCUGCAUGCACGUGUUGCAGCCUUUCAGCUCUGGUCUUGGCGGCGACUGUUUCGCCCUCUACCACAACGCGCAAGAAAAGCAGGUGCACUGUGUGGACGGAAGUGGCAGUAGUCCAGCAGGCCUUACUCUGGAGCUCGUGGAGUCUCGAUACCUUCACCAGAAGCAGAUGCAGUUGAGUUUCUCCGAGCUGUUUUCACCGGCGAUGCACUACGCCGAGCAUGGUUUUCCCAUAGAUCACACAAAGUAUCAUAUUAUGGCGUCAUUCUUUAUCAUACAACCGCAGAGGAUUGCCGCUGAGGGACCGCGUGCGAUAUACGAAGGCUUCGUGGCUGAAUGCAUGGUAGAAGCCGUGCACUCUGCGAGUGGUGUCUUGUCGACCAAGGACCUUUCCGACCAUCGGGCGUCAUCGGAGCCCAUGCAGGUGGAACCCGUGAAAACGACAUAUCACGGAAACGUAACUGUGCACACAACACCACUUCCCACUCACGGGGCUCUGAUGCUCGAGGCACUCAAUAUCCUCGAAGGUUUUGAUCUGCAUUCACUACAAGAACUUCCGGGCCAGUUCGAACACGUUAUGGUAGAGGCAUUACGGCAUGCUACAGCUGACGGCAUGCGAUAC